CCACAAACGGUGCAUUCUUCAUUUUUUUUAUUCAACUAUUACUGAUUGGAAUAAUCUUCCAGACUCAGUUAUUUGUCUUUCUUCUUUUAUGUCUUUCAAAACAGCCUUACUUCAGUAUCUCUUCCAGUGAAACGCUUGUCAGUUAAGCAUUUAUGCUUUUUCUUUUUUGUUUUUUUUGUUGUUUUUUUUAAAAAUUUUUGUGUUUUAUUUACUACUUCUGAUUCUAAUCUUAGUUGUCUUCUCUAUUUUUUUUUUUUUUUAUUACUAUUUUGGUGUUGUUUGGCUUGAGUCAUUGUUACUACAGGUCGGUGACCUUUGAUGACUCUCACUUUUCGUGAAUAAACAAUCUUAGUCUUAGUCUUAGUCUUAGUCUGCAAUGCUUCGUUCAUUUUCACCCUCACCAAAAACUUGAGAUGUCUAGGAAACCACUUUCCACAUGUUUUUUCAAAAAAGCGUAAACGAGAUCUCUAGAUUAUUUUUGAUACUCUACACGAUGGGACAAGUGGAAUUUUCACGGCUAAUAGUGAACGUAAUAGUGAGCGGCAGGACAGGACGGGACGCAUAAGCUGGUCCUGUAUUUUAUAAUUUUUUUCUCUGCAAUUUUUUGCAUAAUGUUUAUCGCCGUUGAUUUUACUUGAUGCUUAUUAUGAGUUGUAUGUGUCACUAUUGAAAUAUCAAACAGUGCUAACUUCUUCAUUGGUCGAUAAAAGUAUCAAAUCAAGAACAUAAAAUAAUAAAAAGUAUAAUCAGCAAAGCAACAGAGAUGAGCACAGGACAGGACGUGCGGUCAUCCUGCUGUUCUGUCCUGCCCCUCGACAGGACGGAGGUCGACUGCAGGACAGGACAGAAAAAGUUGUCCUGUGCUCGUCUCUGGCGUGUAUGAUGAAUAAACAACUGUGCUAACUCGAUGCAUUUCAGAGCCAUACGAUAUCUCAAAAUUCGAACUGAAACUCAUUGGAUGCACUUAGUCGUCAGUCCUCGUACCAUAAGUCACGUGCAGACUUCCCAGAUGGUCCGCAUUUUGGAGCUUUUUCCGCAAUUUAUCUGCAUUUUGAGAAUUGUCUGCUUUUGCUGUUUUUCCCCUGUUCAUAUUAUAUAAGAUUUAAAAAAAAAACACCAUCUCCAAACAUGCACAAAUUAGUUUCGUCGUGCUACCAAACAAACAUAAUAUAAAACAUGGAAGACAAGAAGACACGAUUCGUUAAUAUUUAGCCGAAUCCGUACACAGCAGAUCACUAAUAAAUUUAAAGUCGACUUUUACAUUAUUUCCUUCUUGAACACCAGUUUCAUAUAAUCUUUGCUUUCAAUAUUUUUAUAUCAAUGAGAAAAUGCAUUAGUGCGCUGUCGUUCUAGGAAUAUAGGAGUGGGUUUUAAUCAGAUGUGAAUGAAACCAAUAUACGUGCGGCACAUAUUUCUGUAUAUGCCGAGCCGACGCGGCGUAACAUUGUUGAUUCUCAGCAGUUGCCUUCUGUUUUCAUGUAUUUGAUCUGAUCCGAGUAUAUUAAAAAUAUAAUUGAAUUUCUUUGUCACAAUGAUGGAGUUCUAAUUUUGUAGAGCUCCCUUUAUUGAAAAAAAAAUGAAUUUCUUAGCGAGAAAAAAUUCAUAGUUCUAUAUUGGUGUACUUCUCAAAAAUUUAAGUAAUAACUUUGAUAAUCUUUCUUAGGCCCUAAAAGUGGACAGAUAGUCAUUUUUAUUCCGUCAGUAACUGUAUACAGAUAUGUCUUUAAUAAAAUGUCAUAAACGAUAUUGUCAGCAUAUUUCAAAAGACUUCCAAAAAUUGAUUGAUUGUAUUCUCUACUAUCCAAAGCUCGGGUGUCAUUCAGAGUUUCUAAUAAUUGAUGGUUCGUGUGAACAGAAAGUGAUCUUCCACGUUGCAAAAAUUCUGUUAUCCUCUAAAAAUGAUUAAAAUACACAAUAUUGUUUUGAAAUUUCUAAGUUUUUUUCUCAUACGUAUUACAAGUUCACGCUGACGGCUGAUUGUAUUGGCGUAGUCCCUCUUAUAAAUCAUCACAUGGUAUUGGGUUUCAUCAGGGUUACCACUCAGAGAGAUAUGAAAAGCAAAAAAAAUGUUUUUUCUUGUUUAUUUAACAAAUAUCCAAGUUAAUAACCUUUAUUUGUGUGGAAAUAAGUUUGUGGUUUGGAAGACUUUAGCGGUUAAAAUAAUCGGAAAAAAGGGGUUGCCUUGGGCUACAGUAGAUGACUGUUACAUUUACCAUUAAGAAAGGAAAAGUCUUGACGUUUUCAUUGUUUUAGUCAUACCACUAGAGCCCACAGAAUUAGCUCAGAUUAAUAAACGUGAGAUAGACCAAAGUUUUGGAGCACAACCUAAAGACUGGUUUAAAAAACUCAUGUUUAUCAAAAAGUCUGCUGAAACUAUGAUUUUUUGGGUUUCUUCGCUUUCAAAUAGUAUUUAUUCUAGGUCAGAAAAAUAGUCAGCACCCAGUCGUUGACGAUUUUCUAUAUGUCAUUUCAAUAUAGACUGGAAACAAGUUCAGCAAGUCGGUGUCAUAAGAAACUACUAAUUCAUGAUCUCAGUUUCUCAGACGUUCUGACUAGUAAUUCUUGCCUUUACAUUUCAAUUUUGCAAGCCAAUAAUCAGAUCAGACAUAUGGUCUAACCUGCAAAUACUCUUAUUAUCUCUUAUUAUCUAUUGUUUUCAAUAUGUAAAUGGCGAGUCUGUAGAAUACUGCAUUUUAGACAGCAUCAAAAAUAAAUGAAUUAUUACUAGGAAAAAAUAUUUUUCAGGCCAGUAAUAUUGUAACUAUAUUAUUCCGCGUUUUUUAUUUUCAAUUCUAGAUGUUAUUUCUUCAAAAAUUAUCAUGUCCUCACCAUCAGUAUUUAAGCAUCUCGUUUAUCCUAUUUAUUGUCAUUAAUAUUUGUUAUUCACAAAAUGAACAGCAAGAAUCUAUUUUAACUAGCACAUUAUCGACACCAAAACUUGCCAUUCGUAAGUAUUUAUGUAAGAUUUUUGAUUUAUCUGAGGGAAAGCUAAAACUAAUUCCAUUAUAUCAUUCUAUUCUUAAACUGUUCCAGUCAAUUUUGCACAGGUAUAUGUUUAAACAAGCAAACUACGUUCUAUAGUGGACUGCAAAACUUAAUCUACAGUUCGCACCCUAUAUCUUUUACAACGAUUGAGACUGCAAUCACUUGGUGUCACUCAUGCUAAUUCUUUUUGAUUCUUUUUGUUUUUAAUGCCUGCAGAAUAGCUGCCCUUUUCUAUCAUGCUUGUUUGUUGUUGAGUUGCCAGUAAGAGUAUCAAAUGGCUACUAACUAGUAACAGAAAGUGUUAACAGUAGCGUUGCAUCCCUAUUUAACAGCAUCAUCGUCAAUCGCCAGUCCUCAUGAAGAUGUUCAUGAUCAUUCUCAAGAAGACGUACACGCACACAUCAAUUCAAGACAACAAUUUCGGGCAUCAUAUACACAUGAACAUCCCGAACAUGAUGAAGUUUUGAAUGAUUAUAACAAACGUUUAGAAGAAAUUGAACACGAUGAAAUAGCAUUUCGCAGCAAACAAUCACAACAUAUUCAUCCUUCACAUAUUUCUGACACCAUUACGAAUGAUAAUCAACAACAAUUACAUACUCCAACACCAGCUCCAUCAUCACGUCAACAUCAAGAAGAACAGCAAGAUUCAGCAAUAAUUAAUAACACCUCUAACGUUCAACCAGAACAACCUGCCAUAUCACGUGAAAAUGAACAAACACAUCGUCAUGCACAUGUACAUCCAAGACAUCAACAUUAUCAACCACAACAAAGGCAAAUACCUACACCUACUGUUCAUCAAACUGCAGCUCAGCAUCCCCGACAAAUAUUACCUUCAAUUCAUCCCAAUUCAAAAGAACAGACACAACAAGCGUCUUCUGUAUCUCUGCAAGCACAAGAGCAGAAACAACAAGCGCCGUCUGUAUCUCUGCACGAACAAGAACAGAAGCAACAAGCGUCUUCUGUGUCUCUGCAAGAACAAGAACAGAAGCAACAAGUGCCGUCUGUAUCUCUGCACGAACAAGAACAGAAGCAACAAGCGUCUUCUGUGUCUCUGCAAGAACAAGAACAGAAGCAACAAGUGCCUUCUGUGUCUCUGCACGAACAAGAACAGAAGCAACAAGCAUCUUCUGUGUCUCUGCAAGAACAAGAGCAGAAACAGCAACUGCCGUCUGUAUCUCUGCACGAACAAGAACAGAAGCAACAAGCAUCUUCUGUGUCUCUGCAAGAACAAGAGCAGAAACAGCAAGUGCCUUCUGUAUCUCUGCACGAACAAGAACAGAAGCAACAAGCAUCUUCUGUGUCUCUGCAAGAACAAGAGCAGAAACAACAAUUGCCGUCUGUAUCUCUGCACGAACAAGAACAGAAGCAACAGCAGUUGCUGACACCUAAUCAGGAACAUUCACAGGAAACAAUAAGAGAACAGCUCAAAUCAGUUGUUCAAGAUACUUCAACGACCACCCACGCCGUAGAAACAAGAAAGACCGAGACGUUUGAAAAUAUUAGUGUAUCUCACAUACCAUCAUCACAAAUGCCACCAAUAGUCGAACAAGAGAGAAAAGAACCUACAAUAGUGGAAUCAACGACAGCUGCCACACCAGUGAUAACGGAUGCAUUAGAAAAUGUUUUGACAUCGCAUAACAAAGCUGAGACAAUCGUUCAACUUAUUACAACACCACCGAUUUCAACAACGCACUCAAAUUUAGAUCUUCAUGCAGACGAAGAUUCACCCCCUACUAUUGCUAUCCGUAAUCAAACGAGUGAAGAAAAAGGAGAAAAGGUGUCGGGAAUCGAUCAAAUAAUUGAUGUUGAACAUCCGAGAAAUGUUCAUGUACAUGACCAUCAUAUUCUUGUUGAAACAUUAUCAAAAGAAGAAGUACAGAAAGACGACCAAUACGACAGACAUUUUGACGAGAAACUAGGCCACAAUAUAUCACUGGAUAUUUUAUCAGAAGGCAAAAAUGACAGUCUGGUGAAUGAAACCGUAUUUCAGGAGCAAGAUAUCGCGAAAUUAGUGGACACGAACAUAUCAAAUAACACUGAACAUAUGACAUCUCCUAAAGUACAAGUAAAAACUGAAGAAUCGAUUGCAGAGAAAAGUAUUGUUAAUCAUGAUCCAUUAGUAAAUUCAACAGUCGUAUCGUCGUUGACGAGUCCACAUUUGCCGCGUGUUCAUGAAGAGAUAGUUGUAGAGAAUGAUACAUUAGUGGCAACAAUUCAGACACUGUUAGCUGAGAACGAGCAGAAUAUUAAUAGUAAUGCAAAUGAUACAGUACAUGAUGAUCAUCAUCUAAUCAAUAGUACCGAAUCAACAAAUGACAGUCUCACUGAAAAUAUGACACAUCCCGUUAAAAUGGACGACGCAAUUAAUUCAACUGUAUUACCUUUUAUCUCAACUUCCAUUCAGUCAUCUAUUGAAGUCCCUCUUGACCAUGAUAUUAACAGAGUCUUUAAUCGACAAAUUUGUUGGCAAGUGCCAAAAAUGUUUGAACCAAGUAUUCAACUAGUGGAGAAUGAAAUAUUAAAAGGAAUCAGCAUGUUGCCAGAAUUUAUUCAAGCAUUAUGUUAUUCUCAUGAUCAAAAUAAAGAAACAAUGUGGAAUAAACUAUGGUUUUUCUUGAUUACAUUUUUAUGCAUGAUUUUUGGUUUAAUAUUUUCAUUAACAUUUUUUUCUUUCAACA